AUGGCAGAAAUAUUAUACAAUCAACCAGUGGUCAUUGAUAAUGGAUCAGGUAAUUUAAAGGCAGGAUUUGCUGGAGAAGAUAAACCGAAAUCAUAUGCCUCGGCAAUAAUAGGACGACCAAAGUAUCAAAAGAUCAUGGCAGCAGGAAGCACUUCUUUAGUACUGGAACAGCAAUCACAUGAUCAAUUAUUUAUUGGAAAUGCUGCUCAGGAUAAUCGUGGAUUAUUGAAAUUAUCGUAUCCUAUAGAACAUGGAAUUGUAAAUAAUUGGUCUGACAUGGAAAAAUUGUGGUAUCAUACAUACACUCAAGAUUUGAAAACUCAAUCGGAAGAUCACCCUUUAUUGAUUACUGAAGCACCAUUGAAUCCUCGAACAAACCGAAAUAAAAUGUGUCAGAUAUUAUUCGAAAACUUUAACAUCCCUUGCAUAUAUAUAUCAAUUCAAGCAGUGUUGUCAUUAUAUGCUUCAGGUAGAACUACUGGUGUGGUUAUAGACAGUGGUGAUGGGGUAACACAUGUAGUUCCGGUGUAUGAAGGAUUUUCAUUGCCACCAUCAAUAAAGAGAAUGGAUAUUGCUGGGAGAGAUAUAACCGAAUCUUUGGCAUUUAAUAUUCGAAGAAUGACAGGAGUUGCCUUACAGAGUAGUUCUGAAUUGGAAAUUGUCAGGUUGAUCAAAGAACAAAAUUGUUUUAUAUCAAAGGAUCCGGUAAGAGAUGAGAAGAAAUACGGUAGUCAUUACAGUAGAAAUAAUCCCAAUAAUGAAUUGAUGUCCACUUAUAAAUUACCUGAUGGACAUGAAAUCCAAUUGGGAGUGGAACGAUUUAGAGCUACAGAGAUUUUAUUUAAUCCUCAACUCAUUGGCCAUGAGUCACUGGGGAUUCAUGAAUUGGCUUCAUUAGCAAUUGCCAAGACUGAUUUGGAUCUAAGAUCAAUCUUGUAUCAAAACAUAAUAUUAUCUGGUGGUAAUACUUUGUUAAAGAACUUUGGGGAUAGAAUGUUGAAAGAAUUGAAAGAUUUACAACAACCACUACAAGAAGAUCAAAAAAUGAGUAUUUGGAAUAAGAAUGUUCAGAAUGAUGUGUACAAUACCAAAAUGAAAGUGAAAAUCUAUGCACCACCAGAGAGAAAGUAUUCAACUUGGAUUGGUGGUUCUAUAUUGGCAGGGUUGUCGACUUUUAAGAAAAUGUGGGUUACAUCAGAAGAAUAUCAUGAAAAUCCAGAUAUAGUACAUGUAAAGUGUAUGUAA